CACAUAGAAGUGACUUAGACUCCACUGCGACUCCCGCUUACCACCUCCAAGAUUUCGGUAGCUCCUUGCUCUUUAAGCUGAAAACAUGUUUCUCGCAAAGGCUUUAUUGGAAGGGGCAGAACGAGGUCUUGGAGAAGCUCUGGGAGGCCUUCUGGGAGGAGGUGGCCAGAGAAUAGGAGGAGGAGGAAGGGGAGGAAUAGUUGGAGGCAUUGUGAAUUUCAUCAGUGAGGCUGCAGCAGCUCAUUAUACCCCAGAACCACCUCCCACUCAGCAGCACUUCACCAAUGUGGAGGCCAACGAAAGUGAGGAAGUUCGGCGGUUUCGACACCAAUUUGCACAACUGGCCGGACCGGACAUGGAGGUGGGUGCCACUGACCUGAUGAAUAUUCUCAACAAAAUCCUUGCUAAGCACAAGGAUCUGAAGACAGAUGGGUUCAGCCUAGACACCUGUCGGAGCAUUGUAUCUGUCAUGGACAGUGACACGACAGGGAAACUGGGCUUUGAAGAGUUUAAGUACCUGUGGAAUAACAUCAAGAAGUGGCAGUGUGUGUAUAAGCAGUUUGACAGGGACUGUUCUGGGUCUCUGAGAAGUACUCAGCUGCCAGGGGCUCUGCAGGCAGCAGGCUUCCAGCUAAGUGAACAACUUUACCAGAUGAUUGUCCGCCGGUAUGCCGACGAGGAUGGAAGUAUGGAUUUCAAUAGCUUCAUCAGCUGCCUGGUCCGCCUGGAUGCCAUGUUCCGUGCCUUCAGGUCUCUGGAUAGAGAUGCAGAUGGCCUGAUCCAAGUAUCUAUCAAGGAGUGGCUGCAGUUGACUAUGUACUCCUGAAGCAGGUGUGAGGAGACCAGGCCUUCCCUGCAGGAGGGGAUUCCCCAAACCCUGGCCCUGCUCCUGUGUGCUUGCUGACACCCUGUCCGUCAGCACUCAUUUCCUAGCCAGCUCUUUUUUACGUUCCUGUAUCAUUUGAAAUGGGUUGCCCUUUUCUACCUAAUUAAAAGAGAUUUUUUAUGAAAA